UGUUUCUUUAGCCGAUGGGGUUGCGGGGAAUAUGUAAACUAUCGCCAGACUCCAGGGUAUAAAAAUGCUAACCUGCCCAUAACGGUACGCAACAUCAGAGCGCAAGUUUGACCAGCACAGAGUCCAACGUUCACCCAGACAAGAAAAUAUCAAAGACAGAAUGGUCUCUCUCGUCUCCGUCAUUUCCGUGGCCCUCUGCCUCAUCCUGGCUGUCCAUGCAGACAGCGGCAUGACCACGAGGUACUGGGACUGCUGCAAGCCAUCCUGUGCCUGGCCCGACAAAGCUCGGGUCUCUUCGCCCGUAGCAACCUGCAACAAGAACGACCUGUGGCCUGCCAACCCCGACCCGAACGAGUCGUCUGCCUGUGGCGGCGGGACUGCGUACACCUGCAGCAACAAUGGUCCCUGGGCCGUGAAUGACAACCUGGCGUACGGGUUCGCCGCUGCCAAGCUAGCGGGCAAGUCCGAGACCAACUGGUGCUGUGCUUGUUACGAACUCACCUUCACUUCCACCGAGAUCGCGGGCAAAAAGAUGAUCGUCCAAGUCACCAACACGGGUGGAGACCUGGGGGAGAACCAUUUUGAUCUCGCCAUGCCCGGCAGCGGUGUUGGCUGGUACCAAGAUGGUUGCGCGUCGCAAUUCCCAGGGACCUGGAUGGGUAACCAGUAUGGCGGCUAUAACAGCCGCAACGAUUGCUACAACCUUCCGGCGGGCAUGUUCCGCGACGGCUGCUUUUUCCGCUUCGACUGGUUCCGUAACGCGCAGAACCCGAAUGUCGAGUUUCAUGAGGUGUCGUGCCCGCAGGCCAUGAUUGACAGGACGAAGUGCGGGCGUUGGUGAUUAGAGUUGCGUUACAGCCAACAGCCGGGGAAGAGGCAGGGUGGCAGGAAGCCGAGGGAUCGGAGGACGCACUCUACUACCCCGCACCCCGAAACGUAACAUAGAUGGCCUAAACCACGGGUGAUUUGUGAUCUAUUAACGAGAUUACAAAUUAAUUUAAGUUAGCUUUAAGGCAGUCCUUUAAGUAAGCAUCCAACCCUGCACCCAAGAUCUUG